ACGACGGGACCAAAAAAAAAAGCUAAUUUGUCACAACACCCACGGUGACAGCAGAGUGACGAGUUCACACCGAGCCACCAGGCUCUCACCGCGGUCAGCAGCCCCGUGGCAGCUCCCUAACGAUUUAAGAAACGCCGCCGGUGGUGGGUGACGCACCAGAAGCUAACGGCUAACAGCUAACCUCGUCAACCUCUGUGAACCGCGGACGUCACUAUUAGUAAACAAUGUGGGGCAUUUGCAGCAGAACCAUGGUGAAGGUAGGGAUGGCGAAACCCUGUGGCCUAGUGAAAACCAAUCACUUGGUGAAGCCUGUGUCGGCGACUCGGGUCGCCGGCAGAUACCUGACCCACCAGCAGGGUCUGCCAGGCCUGCCCGUGCCCCCACUGCAGCAGACGUGUGAGCGAUACAUUGCAGCGCUGGAGCCCAUGGUGGAGGCAGAGGAGCUGAGGCGCACCAAAGAGAUGGUGAGGGAGUUUCAGAAGGAGGGAGGCGUCGGGGAGCAUCUGCAGAGAGGCCUGGAGGCCCGAGCAGGCAGGACAGAGAACUGGUUGUCAGAGUGGUGGGUGCAGCUCGCUUAUCUUGAAUACCGCCUCCCCGUGGUCGUCCAUUCCAGUCCCGGGCUGGUUCUGCCUCGGAUGAACUUUAGCGACAAACCGGGACAAAUCAGAUUUGCUGCCAAGCUGAUAGCUGGGGUGCUGGACUUUAAAACCAUGAUUGACAAUGAGACUCUUCCUGUGGAGUACCUGGGAGGAAAGCCUCUGUGCAUGAAUCAGUAUUAUGAGGUGCUGUCGUCGUGUCGCAUCCCUGGUCUGAGCAGGGACUCGGUGGUGAAUCACGCUAAGAGCUCGCCGCCGCCCAGACACAUCACUGUCAUACACAACUUCCAGUUUUUUGCACUGGACGUGUACAACAGUGACGGGACUCCGCUGACGGUCGAUCAGCUCUGCGUGCAGCUGGAGAGAAUCUGCAGCUCCUCGUCUCAGAGCAACGCGGAGCCCGUCGGCAUCCUGACCACGCAGCACCGCGACGCCUGGGGGAAAGCCUACGUCAGCCUCACAGAGGAUGAAACCAACAGAGCGUCGGUGUCGGCGAUCCAGAGAAGCAUCUUCGUCUUGUGUUUGGACGGAGCGAGGCCUCAAGUGUCCGACGAGAUGUACCGCAGCUCCGCCGCCGUCCAGAUGCUGCACGGAGGCGGCAGCAAGUGGAACAGCGCCAACCGCUGGUUCGAUAAGACGCUACAGUUCAUUAUCGGAGAGGAUGGUACGUGCGGCGCAAACUACGAGCAUGCCCCAGCCGAAGGCCCGCCCAUUGUAGCUUUGAUCGACCACGUUGUAGAAUACACGAGGAAGACGGAGGAUGCGCAGGGUCUAAGUGACCCGCUGCCCGUCCCCCAGAAACUUCAUUUCAACAUCACACCUGAGAUCAAGAAGGACAUCGAAGACGCCAAGCAGAGUAUGAACAAGAUCGCUCAGGAUCUGGACAUGAGGGUCAUGGUGUUUGGUCACUUUGGGAAAAACGUCCCCAAGACCCACAAGAUGAGUCCUGACGCCUUCAUACAGAUGGCGCUGCAGUUGGCCUACUACAGGAUGUACCAGCGCUGCUGUGCCACGUAUGAAAGCGCAUCGCUGCGAAUGUUCCGACUCGGGCGCACAGACACGAUCCGAUCGGCGUCAAGCGCCUCGUCUGCCUUCAUCAGAGCCUUCGAUGACACCAGCAAACAGAACACAGAGAAGCUUGACCUGAUGGAGAAAGCUGUCCAAGCUCACAGGUCGUACACAAACAUGGCGAUCAGUGGUCAGGCCAUAGACCGACACCUGCUCGGCCUGAGGAUGCAGGCUGUGGAGGAAAACCUCGCCGUGCCCGAAAUCUUCCAAGACGCCGCCUACGCCAAAGCGCUACACUACCAGCUGUCUACAAGUCAGGUUCCAUCCAAGACGGACUGCGUCAUGUGCUUCGGUCCGGUCGUACUGAACGGAUACGGCGUGUGCUACAACCCCAUGAAUGACCACAUCAAUUUUGCCGUGUCGUCAUUCAACACCUGCGAGGAGACGAAUGCGUGGCGCCUGGCUCAGGCCGUGGAGGGAGCGCUGCUGGACUUGAGGACUCUGCUGGAACAGACACCACGAGCCAAACUGUAAAGCUCCUCCUCUUCUGCCUCCUCACCUCACUGAAGUCAUGUGACCUGACAGCAUCCAUGGACCAGGUACCUCACACCUGGGUCAGCUACUGUUCCGCUCCAGUCUGUGCUAGCGAUGAUCGUGCACUUAAAAUGAUGCCGUGCAAUCUCAACUCAAACUCUGAAACACAAUUGUUAGAAACGAAGCACAGCGGGGAAAAAUCAACCCAAUAAUAAUAAUAAUUAAUGAUAAAUAAACACAGAUGUGCUAAAAUGACAGAAAGAGAUUCAGCUACUUUAAUGUUGGUUUAUUUAUUAAGUUCAUUUAGUUUUUCCAAGACCUUUUUAGACAAAACUACAUGUCUGUUUGAUCACUGUUUAAAACGACCGCAUCGUCACAGUCAAAAUGGCCAGCUUGGAAGACACGACACAUGAAAACGGUACAAACACUGAAGAGCAGAGCUCUCCACAAGCAGAGAGUCAUGAAUAAAUAAUGUGUAAUAAAAUCAGGCAAAGUUACCAGAUGUUUUUGAAAGAUGCUCCUUUUAAGAAGGCACGUUUUUCUACAUUAGCCUGUCUUUGUGCCUGUGGUUCAGCGUUAACAUUUUUGAUAUCAGGGAAAAGAAUGUGUAUGAGUGUUCAGCAUGUUUGUCUGGACAGUAAAAUCUAUUUAUACCAAUGAUAACAUCUUUGUAUUACGCAGUACUUGA